CAAACGGAUAUUUUCUCAUUCUAAUUUCCUGUUGUUACAUUAAUUUGUGUCCCCAAAAUGGCGAACGUAGCUGCUGCUGCGGCUGCUGCUGCCGCCGCUGCUGCUGUUGCCGCGAAUAGAGACCCAGCCGUUGAUCGUUCAUUACGAUCAGUGUUUGUGGGGAACAUUCCGUAUGAAGCCACAGAAGAACAGCUGAAAGACAUCUUUUCUGAAGUCGGACUUGUUGUCAGCUUCAGGUUAGUAUAUGACAGGGAGACAGGAAAGCCAAAGGGAUAUGGCUUCUGUGAAUAUCAAGACCAGGAGACGGCCCUCAGUGCCAUGCGGAACCUGAACGGCAGAGAGUUCAGUGGUCGGGCUCUCCGUGUUGACAACGCAGCCAGUGAGAAGAACAAGGAAGAGCUCAAAAGUUUGGGAACAGGAGCCCCCAUUAUUGAGUCUCCUUAUGGAGAUAGCAUCCAGCCCCAGGAAGCCCCAGAGUCCAUCAGCAGAGCUGUGGCCAGUCUGCCACCUGAGCAGAUGUUUGAACUUAUGAAACAGAUGAAGCUGUGUGUGCAGAACAGUCCCCAGGAGGCGAGGAACAUGCUGCUGCAGAACCCUCAGCUGGCCUAUGCUCUGCUGCAGGCCCAAGUGGUCAUGCGGAUUGUUGACCCUGAGAUAGCCUUGAAAAUGCUCCACCGUCAAACUCCAGUCCCGUCUCUGAUUCCCAGCGGGCAGGGUGGAGGAGCACCACCGGUCAAUCCACCUCCUGUGCAGCCCAGCGUGCCAGUGCCUCAGCCGCAGCCUGUGCCUGGAAUGCAUGUCAAUGGAACCCCUCAAAUGGUGCAGCCCCCCAACAUGGGUGUUGUCCCUGGACCAAUGCCUGUACCAGGACAGGGACCAGGACCAGGACCAGGACCGGGACAAGUGGGACCUCCAGGAAACCUUCAGCAUUCUCCCACAGGAUCGUCUGGGCAAGCCGCUAUCGAGCGGCCUCAAGGACCAGGCGGUAUCCCCCCCAGAGGCCUGCUGGGAGAUGGUCCUAAUGAUCCCAGAGGAGGAACUCUGCUGUCGGUCACUGGAGAGGUCAUAGAACCCAACCGGGGUUACAUGGGAGCUCCGCCACCCCUCCAAGCCCCACCUGUACACAUGGCCCAAAUGGCAAGUGGACCCCCUCCGGACAUGAGAGGACCUCCAAUGGACAUGAGAGGCCCCCCCAUGGGUGAACCACGAAACAUGAUGGGUGACCCCAGAGGGCCCCCGAUGAUGGAGCCACGGGGACCCCCGAUGGAAACCAGAGGUCGUGACCCGAGGGCGAUGGACGCUCGUGGUCCAGUGACGGGACAGAGGGUUCCCAUGGCGGCAGGGAUGCAAGGCCCUGUUCCUCAUAGCAUGGGUCCCAACGCUCCUCCACCUGCAAGACCGGGUCCUGGUAUUUCUGGUGUUCCUCCAUCGGGAGGAGGCUUCAGUCCGGGACAGAGCCAAGUCUCCACACAGGACCAGGAGAAGGCUGCCCUGAUCAUGCAGGUUCUGCAGCUGACCCCAGAACAGAUCGCCAUGUUGCCCCCGGAGCAGCGGCAGAGCAUCCUCAUCCUCAAAGAGCAGAUUCAGAAGACUGCAGGAGGGGCGCCUUGAUGGUCUGACUGAGAAAGACCUCAAAAGGUUUCAGGUGGGCCGAGAUGGAGUUUCUCUAUUUCCUUCACGUCACUACAGUUUCCAUCCCUCCAGGAAAUUCAGAUUUUGAAGCAUGUUUGCAUCAUCAUGGAGCAACUCUGUAAUUUCUGACACGAUUCUGUUUUCCUUCCUUUUUCAUUACUCGCAAACUGCUCCAUCCCAUCACCUUCAGCUUGAAAAGGUCUGAAGAUUUCUCAUUAGUUUGGAAUAUUGUAGUUUUUUUUAAAAUCAUAUUGUCUGUUUAAUGUAUGAAAGCGUAAGGUUGUUGCUUGUGGAUUCAAAAAUAAAAGUGAAGCUUUUGAGAGGAUGAAUGCUGAACAGAUAAAAAGGUCAGAGCUGGAAUGUCAUGAGGUUUCAUCCUUUUCCCCCAAAGCCGAUUGUUUUCAUGUUACUGGCUCUGGAAACUGUUUGUCUGGAUACUGUUUUGUCAAUAAAACAAAAAAAGACAUUGA